AUGACCACUCCAGCCAUCAAACAGUUGCACUGGACGCAACGAAUUACGCUUGUCCGACACAAUCUUCAUGCAGCUAGUCGCAGCGGUGACUUUGGCUUCUUCAAAUCGUUGCAGGCAGCUGGCCUGUUGGAAGGCACGAACCACUUUGCAACACUCUCAGCGACCUUGGGCGACGAGGCAGAUGCACUCCUGGCUGCUUUGGACAACCUCAACGGUGCUUUGUCGUUCAUGCACCAGGAUGCCUUCCAAGUUGUUCACGACAACUUGAAGAACUCGAUGCGGGACGAUGAUAAGCAGGCAGACCGGUCGAAGCUCUAUGUCGAUAUCAGCAUGCAGAAGAGUAAAGCAGAAAUGGCCAUUGACAAGCUUUCGAACUCCGCCAUUGCCUUGAUCAACCAGACUCCGAUUCAUGCACAGGAGCAGGCAGCAAAUGUCUACAUCACUGGCUUAACCAUCAUUGCAGACUGUGUUGAGGUAGUUACCAAGCAGUUCGAGACACUGGACCAGAAAAUCGACGACUUCAUUCGACUCGAGGACAGCUUCAACACUAUCAAGGCAUCAGUCCUGGCUGCAAACGCUGGCUUGAAAGGCAUCUUCUACAUGCUGGAUACGCACGACCAGAACAACGAGGACAAGGCACCACGCAACCUCAGCAUUUCGAGUGCUGGCAGCAAUCUCUUCCGCAGAAUGUCAACCGCUUUCCAGUCGACGCCAGCCACUGACAGUCGCAGCUCCAGCGUCGCAAGCGCAGGCGCUACCAGAGCUCCAGUCGGUGGCUCUAUGCCAGUCUACCGCACGCCCAACUACGUACGAAACAGUGUCAGUGCUGGCUGCCCGACUAGCAUGCCCUCGAACGUGAACUUCGACGCCUUCAACAAGAACAGCUUCAUGGGUCACAAGCUGUCCAUGAUUCCGCCAACGCCUGCCACUGAAGAUGAAGGCAUGGACCCGUUCGACACCAUUGGCGUGCCUCCAGUGCCAGAGAUCACCGCCGAGCAGCGCCAAAUGAGCCAAGCGGUAAUGUGA